AUGGCGUCCAGGCAGCAGGAGAGGUCGGAGCUGGACAGCAUGGCCCGCGAGGGGCAGACCGUCGUCCCCGGCGGCACCGGCGGGAAGUCCGUCGAGGCGCAGGAGAAGCUCGCCGAAGGUACGUAUAUAUACGCACAUACUGCAGAUAUGUUGUAUAGUAUAUGGCGGAGCCGCGGCGGGCAGACCCGCAAGGAGCAGCUCGGGGAGGAAGGGUACAGCGAGAUGGGGCGCAAGGGCGGCCUGAGCACCAACGACGAGUCCGGCGGCGAGCGCGCCGCCAGGGAGGGCGUCGACAUCGACGAGUCCAAGUUCAAGACCAAGUCCUAGAUGACGAUGGUCUCCGCGCGCUGCUUAGCUAGCGCGCGGAGCAAGCAAGACGACUGCGCUUUAGGUUGUCUGUUAGUUUACGUUGCAGAAUAAUGUAGGUCAGAUCCUGACGGUGUGCGCGCAUGUAGGCGAUCAUAUGUAGUAUGGUCAUGCGUGCUUCGUAGCUGUAGAGCGUAGGUACUGAUGGUCGGUCAGGUGUCCGAAGUGUGUCGUGGGCUCGUGGC